UUUGUGUGAAUUCAGCUCAGAGACAUGAUGCUCAUGUGUGUUGUGAUUUGUCCUUAAACCAUAACGAGUAGUGUGCAGUUCUCCUUGGUCUGACUGUGGAGUGUUGUGAUGUUAAGUUUCCCGCUACAGUAAAAACCGUAUCGAGGAUGCUUCUCUUUGUGUGAAACAGGCUUCAUCCUCUUUGUUUGACAGGAUUUUUUGUGUACUGUGGAUUUCUUCAUAAUCUCUGCUGCAGAUCACAAUCACUUCUGAUGCAUGAAUAAAAAUAAAAUCAUGACACAAUGCGAGAUAGCAGUUUGAUUCUGGCUAUUCUCAUUCAAAAUCGCAACCAAGACAUCACAUGUCAUUCUAUGCUGUGUUUCCUUUACAAGGAGUUUUAGUGAUAUUUUCUAGUGUGGCAUUUGAGAAUGGUCCAAAACAGAGGACACCUUUGUGCAUGCAUCGGGUGGAAGCCUUUUGAUCUGCAUGCAUGUAAUGGUAUGAUGUUGACAAAUACAAUAUUGCAUUAAGUGCCUCUGCAUUAUAGAGAUUAAUGUGCUGCAUUAACCAGGGUUUUAAUGAAUCUGACAUUUCCCUCCAUCAUCACUAUCCUCCUCCUGGACAGUUUGACUCGUAUUGUGUCUACAAAUACACAAUAUGCUUAUGUUUUUAACAGCAUCAAUUGGUAGCUCAUUAUUCUACUUUUUUUUUUUUGAACACAUUGGAGUGGUUUCACUAUUACAACUACAGUUUAAAAUGAUUAAGUGUCAGGAAGAGUUAGUCAUGACAACCCUUCCAUGGAAUAGAUACAAAAACUCCCUAUAACUGUGGAAUUUUCAUGUUUCACUUUCAAUUGAAAACCAACAACCCUGGAAACAUGUCUCUACAGGAAGGAUCACUGUACAUUCAUUUUUGAGGCAAAAGCAGGCGACCAUGAUGAUCAAGAUCAGCUCUUGAGUAAUCCUUACAGUCCCUGUACGUUUCCAAGAAGGCAUCUGAUCCUGAGUUACCAAACAAGAUGUUUCAGUAGAUAAACUAGAUAGGGGUGAAAUAACCCUUUCUCCUUAUUGUUAGCCCCAAAAAGUCCUGCAUCUACUGGAUCUUGCUACUUUGUUUGGAGAGUGUGUUUUUGUUGGACACCCUCUCCCUGUGCUGUAGUGCAUCUGAGGCUGUAUGGAGAUGUGUAACGCCCCGCUCUCUCCCCUUGGGGUGGUGUAGUGUGUAUGGAGCAGUGUGAGAGCGCAGCGGCUCUGCUGGAGUCGGUCAGGGAGCAGGAGGUGCAGUUUGAACAGCUGACUCGGGCGCUGGAGGAGGAGAGGAGGAGGGUGGGCCUCCCCGCCACCAGCCCCUCGACCCUGGGUCGCCCCCUCCCUCACACACAGAACGGGCGUUUGGGGGAUGCAGACAUAGAACGACUGAAACUAACUGACGCAUACAUAAACGGCACACAGUACAGGAUGGUGGAUCCAGCACACGGCGCUCUAGAUGAGAGCUACACACCGGAGGACGACUCUCAGGAAGUACACUCUGUCUUUUCUGAAGAGGGAACCACACGGCGAACAGACAAUGGGAUGAAGAAACCAAUUUCACGUACAGUCCUGCCUUCUGACGCAAUGUCCAUUGACGGGGGCUUGACGGUGCCCGGUAUGGGCGUUUACAGCGCCACACUGGACCGUCCUUACAGGCAGGCCGGUGGAGUAGACUACCCCACCGCCACAGUACCCAGAAACUACCACUACGGCCCUGUAGGAGGUUAUGAUGACUACCGGGGAGGUCCGCCAUCAGAGGCGUACACUAGUCUGACCAGGGGCUCACACAUGGAUGAUCGCUACAGGCCGGUUGAUGGCUACAGAACCCUGGACUCUGGUUAUCGGGCCCCGAGCCGACAGCAGCUUGACCCUUAUGCAGCACAGCCCCAGGUGGGCCGAGGAAUGAGGGCCAUGGGCUCAGCAAUGGAGAUGCGGUAUGGCCACGGCCACUAUGGCAUAGAGGACGAUCAGCGCAGUGUGGGAUACGAUGACUAUGGCAUGGGGCCUCCACCCAUUCACCCCGGAGGCUAUGGCACCAUGCCACGCCUGGGGCCGGGCCCCGGGGGCAUGGACAGACGGAGACUCAGGAGCUGUGAGGAUACUCUGGAUGGCGACAUGGGAGGAGUUGACCCUUACGCUUGGGGCGUUCCCAUGACGAUGGAGAGGGGGAGCAUGGCUUCAUUGGACAGCACGUUGAGAAAGGCUCCUCCCGCUUCAUGGCGACAACCUGAGCUACCGGAGGUGAUCGCCAUGUUGAACUAUCGUCUGGACCCUGUCAAGACCAACGCUGCUGCCUUCCUCCAGCAUCUCACGUUCAAAAAUGACAAGGUUAAAUCAGAGGUGCGGCGCCUGAAGGGCAUCCCAGCCUUGGUGUCACUGCUGGACCACCCGAGCAAGGACGUGCAUCACUCGGCCUGCGGUGCUUUAAAGAACAUUUCAUAUGGACGAGACCAAGACAACAAGAUCGCCAUCAAGAACUGCGACGGAGUACCUGCCCUGGUCAGGUUACUGAGGAAAACCCGCGACCAGGACCUCACUGAUACUAUCACAGGCACCUUGUGGAACCUCUCAUCCCACGAUUCAGUAAAGAUGGAGAUUGUGGACCACGCCCUGCACGCUCUAGCUGACGAAGUGGUCGUUCCACAUUCAGGCUGGGAGCGAGGGAGCAACGGAGGAGAGGAAAGCUGCAAACCACGCCAUCUGGAGUGGGAGACCGCCUUGACCAACACUGCUGGCUGCCUUAGGAAUGUGAGUUCGGAACGCAGCGAGGCCAGGCGAAAGCUGAGGGAAUGUACAGGACUGGUGGAUUCGCUAAUGUACAUUGUCCAGUCACAGAUCAACCGCAAAGAUGUGGAUAAUAAGUUGGUGGAGAACUGUGUCUGCCUCCUGAGGAAUCUGUCCUAUCAGGUUCAUCGUGAAGUCCCAGGCGCAGAACGCUACGCAGAGACCAUACCCGUCAACCAGGGCCCGGCUCCAGCUAACAAAGGUGGCUGCUUUGGCUCUCGAAAGGGCAAAGAUGAGUGGUUUUCCAAAGGAAAGAAGGAUGGUGAUGAUGGAAGUGGAGAUGUCGUUGAUAUUCCAAAGAGGACAAUACCUGCCAAAGGCUAUGAGCUGUUGUUCCAGCCAGAGGUGGUUCGUGUUUACACGUCACUGCUCAGAGAGAGCAAGAACCCCUCGGUCCUUGAGGCGGCUGCCGGUGCCAUCCAGAACCUGUGUGCAGGCAGAUGGACUUAUGGUCGGUAUAUCAGAGCCACUAUGCGUCUGGAGAAGGGUCUCCCCAUGUUGACAGAACUGCUGGCUCAUAGCAAUGACCGCGUGGUUCGGGCAAUGUCUGGAGCCUUGAGGAACCUCGCUAUCGACAACCGCAACUGUGAACUGCUUGGUUUGCAUGCAGUGCCUCACCUUGUGGCCAACCUGCCUGGAGGCCAGAGUCAGUCUGGUCGCACUCUAUCAGAGGAGACGGUGGUGUCCGUACUGAGCACACUUGCUGAGGUGCUCAGCAACAGUCUGGAGGCAGCAAAGUCCCUCCGAGCCUCACAAGGCAUCGAGAGGCUGGUGCUCAUCAACAAGGACGGCAAGCGCUCUGAUCGUGAGGUGCGGGGAGCAGGCCAGGUGCUGCAGCUCGUCUGGGCUCACAAGGAGCUGCGUCGGCCUCUCGAGAAAGACGGCUGGAAGAAGACGGACUUCAUGGUCAACCUGAACCCAAGCACCACUAACGGCCCAAGCACCCGAGCUAAUGGCACCUACGAGGACAGCACCACGCCGCUUCUGGACAGAGGGGAGAAGAGAGACAUGAUUCCACUGAAUGACCUUGGCCCUGAAGCCUACUCUACACUGGACCAGAGGGAGAGGAGACACACUCUGGAUGAGACCACAGACACUUUACCGCGAGGGGUGUAUGGGGGCAGAAAGGGCUCCCUGCCUCUGUUGGACUCCUACGAUGGUUAGCCCUACCCCCUCCCCUCUACCCCCUCUGCAUGUAAGAGCAUGAAAAACUGAUAGUGUGCAUCACCCAGACUGGGCCGUCCCUGCCCUACCACUGCUACUGAGGGGAGAUGUUCCAGAUCCACAGACUCUCUCCCCCCUUCUCUCUCUCUCUCUCUCCCCUCCUCCUCUCCUUCUCUCUCUCUCUCUCUCUCUCUCUCUCUAUCACCACACAGAUGGGAUCAAAAGAUGAGGGUCGGCAUCCAAAGAAAAAGUGGUCGUGUUGCAGACAUGCAACACACACAUACAGACACACACCUACUUUUUACGAAUUCAUUCAACUGUAGCAACAGAAAAAUAUAUUCCGUUUAUAAAUUAUAAUUCUUCUGUAAAGGCAAUCACCUUUGUUGACAAUCAUUUGAUUCUGGUGUUACUCUUUUUUUUUAUUUUUAUUUUAUUUUUCUUGCUGUUGUCAACAUUUUAGGUCAAUUUUUUGUCAUGGUCCACAUGUUGCUGCCAACACCCGCAUCCUGAUGAUGAAUUUGUAUUUAGACUUCUAUGUAGGGUAUAUACUGUAUAUAUAAAGAAAAUGGGAUGACUGCAGUAGUUUUGGCUCAUUAAUUUAAAAUUGUCCCUUUUACUGGGAUUGUUGGGAGGUUGAGACACACCGACAAAGCGCCCUGUAGAUUUGAGAAUGUUGUUUAUAUAGGAGUUAUUUUCCUGUCUAGAGUUAUUUUCUCUCAGUUGGGAUGAGCACAGGUGUAGACAAGAAAGGGCAGGUGUGUGUAUAUUUGUCAUACAGUAAACCUGUGGCCGUGUGUGUGUGAGCGUGUGCGUGUGGAAAAUGAUUAUGGACCUUUUUUGAGCGACUGUUGUUUUUGUGUGUGCACGGACCCAUAAGACGCCACAUGUUCAUUAUUCCAUCAGUCAUGCUGUCUGUUUUUAUUGUGUGCCCCUCUCCCUGUGACUUUUUAUUUUAUUAGUUUGUAAUGUACUGACUGCCUCUUUUUGUGUUUGAUACUUUAAUUUCAGAUUUGUUUUUUUUUGUUUGUUUGUUUGUUUUUUAACUCCCCAAACUGGAAGAAAUGACAGCUGCUUAGUUCUGACAUUUCUGUUUGGAUUUAGUCCGCCAGACCAGUGCAACACACCAACCCUGGUACUGAGAUGUGAAGCUGUGGACAAACACUACUAAACCACUAAGAUAUGUUGACAUACGGCUUCAGAAACUGACUAUGAACACUAUAGACACAACCUAAUCAACAUUUUAUUUUUUACAUGAACAGGAGGGACUCUCUGGAAUAAUUAUCUGCACUCUAAGUCUGAAUUCUCUCUAAAAAAAAAUUGUUACGCAGCAAUUCAUACAUGCACAUCUGCAUUCAUUUUGCGCCGCUGUACACAAGAGCCCAUAAAUUUGGGAGACUUCUUCACUCAGAGGAGACUCGAGUUUUAACGAGACAGACUGGGGGAGAGACACUGACGUUUAAUUUAACUUGGGAGGUGGACAAAAAGCACAUUUUGGUCCAUUUGUUUUUACCUUUUUUUUUUUUUCGUCGUCGUAUUUUCUUCCUUCUGUGUCUGGUUUGUUUGUAUUUUAUUUCGGGGUUUGUAUGUGAGGGAGUGGCGGGUGAGAGCAUUAUGCAAUUUGUUCUACUUUUUAAUCCCACUUUUACAGUUGACUUGUUUUAAUGGCAAAAGAGACCAAUCAUCUUUGUUUUGUUUUUUUUUUUACUCUUCACACACAUAGUAUAUUUGUACUGUUGCCUAUCCAUGUAAAUUUAUGAUGUACCAUUCAUACCUGCCUUGGCUCUGAGAAGUUGCUUUUUUCAGUGAAGUAUGUAACUGGUAAUACUGUUGUUUGUUUUUUUUUAUAAAUAAAGAUCUUUUCUUAGACAAGA